UUUUUUUUUCUUUUAAUCAUCGUCACUAUUCGAUCCGUACCGGGAACACGGUUUGUACUGCGCAUGCAUCGACUUCUCGGCAGUUUCGGGUAUUUUUAAUACUAUUGUUUUAACACUACUAAUAAUAUAAUGUUCUGUGUUGUUGGCAGCAAUUUCGCGCAUGCGCAGGACAAACCCCAAGUUUCCGCACAUGCGCAGUACAAAUCCGUGUUUCCGGUACGGCUUGCGUAGUGGCAAUCAUUUUUGCUUAAGAUACUUCUUUCACGCAUCCUUAGUCUUUAUCAAAUUUCCCACGCUGUGAAACUGUAGGACUAAUUCGAUCUAACAAUUAAAUUUAAAAAAAAUGCUUUUGCGGCGGAAAUAUAGUUGUUAAGCUCCAAAGAUGCUUGGUGUGUAGUAUGAGCUGCUGAACAGGAUUUGUGCGCUAUGCUGAUUCCAGGCAUUCAUGGGAAAAAAGAUGUACAGAUAAUUGUGCGCUUUGCUGCUUUUACGCGAGUAUUAUCACUUAUUUUACAGGCUGUGCUGAAUGCUCUCAUCCCUGAUCAUGAAGCGGAUGCCUUCAGUCCACCCCGGUCAGAGGAACCACUCGUCUUGGACCACACCAUCGAGCUACUCUUUAGUGGAUUAGGCCGCUGGGAUGCUGAACAUUUUCUCUUCAUAGCUGAACAUGGCUACUUGUAUGAGCACAACUUCGCUUUCUUCCCACUCUUUCCACUGGUCCUGCGUUUGCUAGCAACCGUCCUGCUAUGGCCUCUGAGUCCCUUUUUGACAGUACAUGGACGCUUACUCGUGACAGUGGCCAUAGCUAAUAGCACACUCUUUGUGAUGAGUGCAGUGGCACUGUAUGGGCUAAGCCGUCUGGUUUUACAGGACCGAAAACUUGCCCUGAUCUCAAGUCUUAUAUACUGCCUCACACCAGCCAAUGUUUUUAUGUUAGCUGGCUAUUCAGAAAGUCUUUUUGCACUACUCACCUUUGGCGGUUUGUAUUUAUUAGAGAGGGGGUUUACGAUUGGAGCAUGUUUUCUUCUAGGUCUUUCCACUGCAGCACGUGCUAAUGGACUUGUGAAUGCUGGCUUUCUGUUAUACCUGCCCCUGCAGCGGAGUCUCACUCAGGUGUUUAACAAAGGAUCUGCAUGGCACUACAGCUGUGCAGCUCUGAGGUUUUUGCUUACAUCACCACUUUACAUUGCAGUCGUUGUGCUACCAUUUUGCCUCUUCCAGUUUUAUGGCUACUACACAUUCUGUCUGCCAUCUAUGAGUGAGGAGCAGAUUUCUCCUGCUUUUCUCAACCUGGCCAGGGAGAAAGGAUACAGAGUUCCUGAUGCAGCAGCACCCACACCAAGCUGGUGCAUGAAACCUGUUCCGUUGCUCUACUCCUAUAUUCAGGAUGUGUACUGGGAUGUCGGUUUCCUCCGAUAUUUCCAGUUAAAGCAGAUACCCAAUUUCCUCCUGGCACUCCCAGUCGCCACACUGAGUGCACUGGCGUCGUACAUGUACAUAAUGGCUAAUCCACGUUUUUGUUUGCAUCUUGGGCUAACGGAGAUUGGAAAGAAAAAGAAAGACAGAAAAGCACCAACUGGCCUCUACUGCCCGAAGGUGUUUGUGUACAUCGUUCACUGCUCGGUGUUGCUAUCAUUUGGUGUAUUCUGCAUGCAUGUACAGGUGCUUACCCGUUUUCUAGCCUCAUCUUCACCUGUGAUCUUCUGGAUUAGUGGUCACCUUCUUCUUUCAUGUGAACCCUUGUUAAAGGAAGACAAAAAUUUGGCUUAUGGCCAUGGACAGAACACCUUGGAACAAAACAUUUGUAAUUUUUCUUUAAUGUACAUUAGCAACCCUAUCACUAAGCUCCUUAUGCGCUGGAGGACUUGCUCCUUUCCCACUCACUGCAUUCUGGGAUACUUCAUGUCAUACUGGCUGUUAGGUUUGGCUCUGCACUGUAACUUCUUACCUUGGACCUGAUGGAAAAGGUAUGGCUUUUGUGAGUCACAUUUGUGCAUCUGCAGCGUCUUACCUUCUAAUUGUGGAUUCUCAUGAAGGUCUGCUUAACAAAAUGAUUUUUUAAAGUGUUU